AUGAAGCUCAAUAAUAUAUACAAAAUCGGAAUUGCUACAUCAGUGGUGAUCUUAUUUGCACUAUCAGCUUAUUAUUGCUGGAAUUCUUCUGAAGAUUAUGUCUCUAAUAUUUUUCCACCCUAAGUUGAUAAUGAUCUAUCUUUUUUUUCACAAAGUGUCUGCCAGCGUGUCAAAAACACAGAGCUAUUUUAGGGUUGGAAGAAAAUUAAUGAAUAGGCUCUUUAAUUAAACGAGAGAUAUUCUUCUGAAUUAUUGAAAAAAGCCGCCUUUGUUAUUGAAUAACUAAAAAAGAACCAAUAAAUUUAUACAUAAUCUUAAGGUGAGGGUUAAUAAUUUUAGUAUUACUAAAAAAAUCUCAAAGAGUGUGUAAAUCGAACUAAAUUUUUAAAAUUUGAGUUGGAAGAAGUCAAAAAUAAAACUAAUCAGAUCAUAUUAGAGGAAAAUUCUGAAAUUUAGAAGAUUAGUGAAAAUAUUGAAGAUCACUAAAAUGGAUUAAAAGACUUGAAUAAUUAGCAUUAGGAAAAGAAAAGAAAUUUGAAUCUUGUUAUAGAAACUUUGAAAAGCUUGAUCGAUCAAAAAGAAAGGCUUCGUCGAAGUUAUAAGAAUGAAUAAGAAUUAAAGGAUUAUCAAAAAGAAUUGGAGCAUGAUAUUAAUAAAAUCAAUAAUUCAAUAGCAUCUUAGGAACUCAAUAUAUCAGUAUUCAAAUCAAGGAUUGAAGAGCAGGAAACUAAUGUUUCUAAAAUUACUAAACGCUUUGAGAUUGUGAAUAAUCAACUUCAAGAUCUUAAAGCUUUAGAAUAAUAUUUUCGUCAAGAUGAUCUCUACAUUAAGGAGGAUGUACCUAUUGUCCAAGUCAUCUAUGAAUACUCUAAUACCUUAAAGGAUAGAGAGGAAAACUUGAAAAUCUUAGCUAAGAAGGAAAAAGAUCCAAUUCAAAGACAAAAAAAUCUUGAGGCUUUAAAUGAAAUACAGAAGGCUCAAUAGAUUUCAUCCAAAAUGUAUAAUAGUUUGCUUGAGAUUAAACUUGAAUGUAAGUAGGAUGACUGCACCAUUGGAACAACUUUGGAAGAUUUGAAAUUAUCUGAUUUAAAAGAAGAAAUUUAAAAAAAAUAAACCAUAUACAAUAUAAUAUAUUCAGAAAAAUAAUCUAUGGAAUUUAAUCUACAACAAUUAAUGUAACAAUUAGACAAUGAAAAUUCAGCAUACAUGAUAAAUAAAUAAAAAUUAAAUAAACUCAUUGAGAACUAGAAUUUACUUAAUAAAACUAAGAACCAAUCAGAGGAACUUUAAAAGCUAACAAGCAAAAUAGAAUAAUAUGAAUUAAAGAAAAAUUAACUUCAAGAAGAAGUUGACAAAUUACAAAAUACUGCCAGUGAUUAAUAACAUUUGAUAGAUGCCGAAGCUGACAAGGUUAAUGAGAAGAAGAAAAAAGUUGAAACCUUACAAAUCGAAAGAAAUAUAUCAAUUAACGACAAAAAUUCUGAACUUUAUAAAUAAGUUAAGGAAUGCAUUAAGUAAAAAAAAAUAUAUGAUAAUUUUGUACAAAAAUAAUCGAAUUUGAUAGAGAAGGCUAAUGAAAUCAAAGUAGUUGUUCAAACUGAGGUUAGAUAGAUAGAAUCAAUGCUGAAUGAAUACAAAGUUACUUAUUAAGAUUUGAACCUUCAAUCAAAUUAUGAUAGUGAAAGGAGACAAGAUUUAUGAUUAUGAUAUUUUUAAAUUAUACUUAAUAAGGUUUCA